AUCCCAUCAACGAAAAAUCCAGGAACGGACGAGAGCAUAAACUAGCCACUGCACCCCCAUCAACCCAAAGGUCAGAGCUCACAAGUCAUCACAAAGUCAGAGCCCCCUCGAUCGUGCUCCUACCCUUCACUCCCCAGCCAGUACUGUCCCAAUCCCCCGCAGCUCGAUCGACCCGCGUAUAUAAAUCAUUGAUUGUUUCCCUCCACUACACCGAUCGAUUGAGAUGGCGGAGGAGUGGUGGGGCUCCGCACGAACCGGCGGCGACGCGCUCUCGGCGUGCUCCGCGACGCCUACCGGCUCAGAGAUCAGCGGGACUUCGGGGAUGAGUUCGGGGCCCGCAGGUUUACCGGACUCUGCCGCCGCCGCCGCCGCCUCGCCGUUCUUCCUCGCUGAUCCGCACAUGGAUUGGACGCAAUCCUUCAUGGCCGGGAAAGUAGGAGCGGCGGCCGACGCUCCGACGAGCUUCAACGCGUUGCUCCACCUGCAAGGCGACGCGAGCCGCCAGUUCCUGCUCGAUCAGGCGGAGCAUCCGCCUCCCGUUCUGGCUACCCCGUACACCGGCGGCGCGUCGCAUCAGGGGUCCGUGUACGCGGACGGACUGUACGGCUCCAGCUUGGCCAGCAGCUACGGUGACACGCAGGCCGCCGCGACGACGAAGCCGUUCUCGCAGCAGCAGCACCACCACCACCAGUUCCCAGAUUUCUUCAGCUCGACGGGGCUCUUUGGUGCGCCGGCUCCGACCCAGAGGUCACCGCAGCCUCUCCUGCAGGCUCUAGAGCCCAAACUCCUCAAGUCUAGCACUGAACCUGCGGCUCAGGACGCCUGCUCGUCGUCAUCGGCGACGAGAAGGAGCAGCGCGGCCCCUCCGGCAGCGAAGAAGCCCCGGACAGAAACGCCGAUGCCGACUUUCAAGGUGAGGAAAGAGAAGCUCGGGGACAGAGUCACCGCGCUCCAGCAGCUGGUCUCGCCUUUUGGAAAGACGGACACGGCAUCGGUUCUUCACGAGGCCAUCGGAUACAUCAAGUUCCUUCACGAUCAAGUUGCCUCUCUGAGCUCUCCCUACUUCAUCAGGUGUAGUGGCGGUCCGGUGCAGCUCCAGCACAAACAGGCUUCGGAUGGUGACGCCGGCGAGGCGAAGGAGGACCUGCGGAGCCGCGGCCUGUGCCUUGUCCCGGUGGCGAGCACUUACACGAUGGCCAGCGAGACGGCGGCACCGGAGUUCUGGCACCCUACCUUCGGAGGCACGUUUCAUUGAUUCUAAUAAGAUCCAUAGACAUGCAAGUAGUAUCUAGCACAUUAUAGCCAACUCAGCUAGCUAGGCAGCCAUGCAUAUAUGUGUGCGUGUGAUUGUGUGUGUGUGUGCGUGCGUGUGUCGGUUAAGCAAUGUGUACUCAUGGUCUCAUGCCACACCACUAAAUCACAGUGUUGAAGCAAAAGCGGGAAAUAGCUUUUAAGCGCAAUCAGCAAUGUGCCGACAAAGUCAAAUCAUGUGUAUAUAUUGGAUCGAAGAAAACCUGAAGAGCGGUAAAAAAGGAAAUAAAUUUGAAGAGAAUUAUAUGCACUAGGAAAUUAGUAAAACGUAACCACUUUGCACAUGACGUUUAACUUUUUGAUCCUUACAUGAUUGAUGAUCCGAAGGUCUAGCUCCACGCAGCGGACAUGAUGAAAGAACACGGUGAAUCGUCGUAUAAAAAUAGUUCAAGGACCUACAUGACACCUCUGAAAUAGUUUGAGGACCUAGAUGACACUUUUCAUAGUUUGAGGACCUACAUGACACAAUUGAAAUAGUUUGAGGACCUAGGAUGCACUUCACUCCCCGUGGAGCCGGCCUUGAACUAUACUUCAGAGGUGUCACAUAUAUACACACUUAUUACACUUCAACUUGAGCAGUGCGCUUACUUUUUUUUUUUAGUUUUUUGGAAAGGAGGUUAAACCCCUGGCCUCUGCACCAUCGUGGUCCUCAAACUCUCAAAAGGGCUGUUUUGAUUCCCUAAAUGCAGGUUUGCACCUUAUUUUGGUCGAAAUCACAAUUUUUUUGGCAACUCUGGAACACGUGGACAUGGAUGAUGACCCGAGUUACAGACGUGGCAUCCACCAUGCCAGGGGAGCAAGUUCCCUAGCUACGAGAUUGUUCAAUAGCAUAUUUGUUUUGCUUUUUGCCCUCAUUGUUCAACGAAGCAUACUCAUUUGCCCUAUGCUUCCAUAAUGAACUCUAGAGGAAAAGAAGGGGUGAGGUGACAGUGAGGAUCGUCGAAGGGAGACAGUUUGGUGACUUAUGGACUGGAGUGUCAGAGAGAGGUGGGGAAUACUUGGGCAUUAAACCCGAUCGGACCUAAAUGCAAAAUAAAAUAAAAUCGCAUGCCCUUGAUGUGCAUAAAAUUGCAACCUUGACAAUCUUCCAUGUCCAUGUGUGCCAUAUUUGCCGUGAAAUUGUGAUAUUUUAAUCGAACUGGAGCUCCAAAUAGACUAAGGAUCAAAAUUGCGCCAUUUUAGGAGUCUUGUAAUUAGCUAUGUUUUAUUUCUAUAUCUUCAUAUGACCCGAAAUGGCCAGACUUCCCCGCCAUGUUGCGAUGGAACAAAAGUAUCAAGGGCCAACUGUCCAAGGAGAGGUUUUAGCUGAGACAUACAAAGUUUGCCCAACAAAACUUACCCAAAAAAAAAGUUUACUCAACAAAAUGCUAGGGAGGAGAUACCUCACAAACAAAAACACUGAAGAUUUUUUUCUUGGAUAUAUUAAACACAGAGAUAUUUGUUGGAACAUGUAAUGUGGAAAAGGGGAAUCAUGUGCUAUAGUAUUUAUUUAAGCAACUUUCCAAGGGAACAAUGCCAUUCUUAAUCCGUACUGUAUUGACAGGUUGGGGUGGGAGGGAAUGUUGGAAGGGGAACUUGUGCUUAAAGAGCAAUGCUACAUCAACGAGAUUUUACUUAAGCUUUACGGAAAGAUAUUGACCUGGCAAUCUUUGAUUGGAUUAAGAGGGAGGUUGGGGCCCCACCCCGCUGAAAAUCAAGGGGGCGAUGGAGAGUAUUAGGGGAAAACCCCGUAACAGCCCCGUGUGUUUAGCAUUUUUGAUGUUUAAAUCUGGAAGCAAAACUAGUGUUGGUUUUAGAUGCAGUUGGUGUGGUUCAUUCUCUAAUAGUACAAACGAUUAAUCAAGUAAAAUGUAUAAUUCAUGAUACUUCCUCCGUUUCAUAAUUCUUGUCGUAGUUCUUAAUUCAAGGGAGUCCAAAUUAUA